AUGUUUCGCUCUCGGUUGUCCAGCGUUUUACUAUCAAAUGUCCGUGCCAAACUGUCAAACGUUUCCAACCUCCACGUCAGUAUAUUUAAAAAAUUCCGGGCCAAAGACUGCGAGCCUAAACCUGUCGCAGUGGUCGCAGAGAUUGUCGCCUUGGUAUCAGCAUCCGGCUCUAAUGAGAUAAGCCCCAACGGUCGUGAACAAUUAACGGCUGCGCCAACGAUUGAGAAGGAAUUGAAACACCCGAGUAAUCGUCUUCUUCUGGCCCCGCAGGUUCUGUGCGGCUGUGGGUCUCUCGAUGGAUCAGAAGUAACAGAGGCGGUUUCCCUGGCCAUAAAUUUGAACCUCAACGGUUUCAAGCCGGAAUUUUUCGCGCCCAAUACGGAGAUCUGCGGGGUGAUGGACCACCUCUGCAAGCAGCCUGACAGUAGCGGCGUGGCUCGAAAUGCGUUGGUCGAGGCUGCGAGGAUCGCGAGGUCAGAGGUCCGUCCGCUCUGCGAGUGCGACUGCAAUUCUGGAAUCGCCUUAAUCCUGCCUGGAGGUUUCGGCUGCGCCAAGACCCUGAGUGACUUCGCCACGAAAGGAGCAGAGUGCACGGUUCUGCCAGACCUUGAAAGGGUCAUCACAGAGUUCGCUCUCUCCAAGAAACCGAUCGGAGCAAUUUGCAUCGCCCCAGUGCUCGUAGCGAAAGUACUUUGCGGAACGAAGAUCACGCUCGGUAAAAGUAGCCCACCAGAGAAGUGGCCUCACUGUGCGGCGAUCGCUGAAGUAAAGAAGAUGGGCGCUAAGCAUGAGGAACGGAGUGUCACUCAGGUGACUCACUGCAAACAGCACAACGUGUUCAGCACACCUGCCUGGAUGUACAACGGGACCUUCGCCGAGGUACAUGAUGGGAUUGGGCGGCUGGUAAAAGCUCUCAAAAAGAAGUUGAAGUAGAGCUGGAUUGAGAAUUCGUCAAUUUUUGUCGUUCUCGUUAGUCCAUCGAAUGCCUCCAUGGUGCCUGCUAAAAAUUGUGC